AAACCUUUGUUCUUUGAAUUCGUCGUCGAUGAAACAAAUCGGAACUAGUUUGCUUCACMAUCGACUACUCACAUUGAAAUUCAAAUCAAAAGAUGGCACCAAUUGGGAAAAAUGGCGACAAACGUACCGGGGGUAUAGCGUGGGCUGGAUCUCUUGUAGGUUCCGCAAACCCUGACAAUCUUGGAUACCGUUAUUCCAACCCUUUAAAGCGAUUUAAAAAAGCCGGCGGCAUCAAUGAUGGCAGCGAAGGGAACGGGCCUGAACUUCCUUCUAACCUCGUUGUCCAAUUUCAAAAUCGUCAGGGUGAUGAGUUGUCCGGCUCAUUGGACGUACCGACGCACUCAACAAUUGAGGAUCUUCAAGCAUUGGUUCAUUCUCUCCUUGAAAAUGACGACGGCGGCGAUGACGAGAAAAUGAACAGAGCAAAACGAAUUCCUUAUUCUUUCUACGCAAAAAUCACAAGUAAGGCUGGAAUCGUAGAUGAAGUCGAAAUCACUAGCAGUCUAUCAGAYUUCUUUAAGGAAUAUCACAACCUCGUGUCUACUGAAGUUACCCUCCAGCUUACCUACCAGCCACUGGCAGUUUUUAAAGUGCGACCYGUCACGAGAUGUACAUCUACCAUGUCUGGUCAUACCGAAGCCAUACUGCAUGUAUCCUAUAGUCCUGAUGGACUAAAUCUUGCUAGUGGCGGUGGAGACACUUCUGUUCGUUUUUGGGACGUGAAUACCAGUCUACCCAAAUUUACGUGCAAACAACACAAAGAUCACGUGCUUUGUACUUCUUGGUCACCUGAUGGACGCUUUUUCGCUAGUGCAGAUAAACGUGGGACAUUGAUACUCUGGGAUCCUCAUCGAAAGAGAAAACGGGGAAAUAGAGAAACCGGGGAGAAGUCGUUGUCAUCAGAACCCAUUUGGAUUAAAGCCAAAGCACACAAGCAGUAUAUCAGUGCACUUGCGUGGGAGCCUCUUCACCUCAAUCAGGGUCGAGGUGAGCGAAUUGUCACUGCUUCAAAGGACGGGACGUGUAAAAUCUGGAACGUUAGAACAAAGCAAUCCUUGGUGACUUUGUCGGGCCACACCGAUUCGAUCGAGGCUGUCAAAUGGGGUGGCGAGGGCUUCAUUUAUACAGCCAGUAGAGAUCGUACAAUCAAAGUAUGGACAGCGAAAGAGGGAGAUGWCCUAGGAAAACUYGUUCGAACAUUAAAGGGACACGGACAUCGAGUCAACACACUGGCGUUAUCAAGCGAUUACGUCUGCCGAACUGGUCCCUAUGAUUUUGCUCCGUCGGGACGACCCCAACGGGUCUUCGAAACAGAGAUCGAUGCCGAUAACAACGAUGAGGAUACUAUUCGUAGGGCCAAAUAUGAAGCUGCACUAGGACGUUACCAAGCUUUCAGAGAUCAACAGGAGGGUAACGGAGAAAAAGAACGACUYGUUUCCGGAAGUGAUGAUUAUACACUCUUCUUAUGGCAUCCCACUUCAGCCAAACACCCUGUGAAGCGUUUGACAGGUCAUCAACAGGCUGUCAAUCACAUUCAAUUUAGCCCAGACGGUCGCUAUUUUGCGAGUGCCUCUUUCGACAAAAAAGUUAAAUUGUGGAACGGAUUUUCUGGAGAAUUUUUGACAACCCUGACAGGGCACGUAGGAGCUGUCUAUCAGGUAGCAUGGUCAUCAGAUAGUAGAUACCUAGUCACUGCCAGUAAGGAUAGCACUGCYAAGCUGUGGGAGGUCCCAUCGGGGAAGGUUGCAAAGGCAACCUUACCAGGACAUGCCGAUGAGGUGUACGCUUUAGAUUGGAGUCCUAACGGUGCGAGCGUUGCAACCGGAUCCAAGGAUCGUACCAUCAAGGUCUGGAAGCAUUGAUAAUCUGGACGACAUAAAUAGAAAUAAGAAGCAUCGAAGGAAGAUGUACAAAAGAAGAAUGCAGGGUGCGGGAAAAAAUAUSAAAUAAAURCUGUUUGAGAAGAUCAACUACCAUUGUAACUAGUCUCYAUCCRAUAAUGUUGAUAAAAACUGAGAGAAAUCAUUAAUYUUCAUUCAUUCGAAAUCAUUCGAAAGUGACGUGAACGCGGAAGGGCUCGAUUCAUAUUGCCGAAGUAAGUCAUCUUCCUUUUUAGCCCGUGCUAGUUCUUUCACCUCAAGAAUUUUCCGGACCAUGACRAAGCGUUGUCCUCCCGCAUACUUAUACUGGCAGCGYGCAGUCUCGACUAGGUACUCUUUGUCCCCUAUCACGAUGAUAUCACCACUYGUUGUUGACUUGUCAAGUUGAAAUUCUCCCACCACUGUCGUCGUUGACUUUCCGUUUUGACUCUUGCUUUUCUUUCUCGAUUGACGCUGGAUCAGCUUCGAAGGCGUAGUCGAAUCAUCUGAAAGUUUCUUUUUAGAUUUACYAUUUAUCUUCUCAUUCUUUCUUUUCGAGAAARAAUUACCMCUAGUUGAUGCAAGCAUGUGGCGGUCGAGGUCGGUUCCCUUUACUUUAUCUCCAUUGCUCUUGUCAAUCAUUUGUUGCUCCUUUCGUCUCUGAAAUUCAGUUUUGUAUGGAUCAUCUGGCGUCUUUGUUCUGACUGAAAAUGGUAGAUGAUCCCGAUUGUCAAGCGGCCUAUAUCCCUGUCCUUUGCCAUUCUUCCGUUUUCGUUUCACUUUAGGCUCCAUUCCGAGUAAAUCACGAUUCAAAUCCUCUCUCGUUACCAACAUAUCUUCAUCUCGGUCUUCCCCGUCUUCGGCGAACCAUCCUUUUUGCAGAUGUAGUCUGACAGGUUUUCUGAAACAUGACCAUCUUAGGUCACUGGGAACGGAUUGAGUUGAUAACAUUGGAACGAAAGCCUUGCAUGUAUCAACCACAUUCGUCAUGGAAUUCGCUAUCACAAGCGUCAACAAUGYUGCGAAGCCUCUGGCGACAAGGUUCAUCUUGGGUUUGAGCCAGCURUAUUUUCUCAAAGGCACUCCGAAUKAGACUUUCGAUUGAAAUCUUCCGUAUGCUUGUGAGUGCUCCACAGUAACAAGGAUUGUUCCUAUCGACUCUGAGAUUGUUCUGUUGUCAGACAGAAAACUUUUCGUCUGUUUCUGCCAAUGAAGGCACCUUGACGACGUUGUGCCCUGCCGUCUGAUCUGUUCAGUWGUCGUCACCUGGUACAGUUUUUGGCAGAAGAACUCCUCGUACCGGACAGGUACGUACGAACGAAACCUAAUGAGGUGGAGACAGGUCCGGAGCCAGUACAAAUUUUACACGGGUCUACGGAGGUAACAAUACACCUCAUUAGGGCUC